CCGCCACUUAUGGCACAGCUGAUUGAGGAAUGGCGGAUUUAUGUUUACUCAUCAAUCCUUUCUUUACUAUCAUUUGCGAUAAACUCGUGGAAAUAGAUUGCCUAAUCCUAAGAUUAGUUAGUUAUUAUCAUUAUUUCAUAAGAGAAUGGACAGAAUAAUUAAAGGAAUAAUGAAGUACCGACAGUGUCACAGGGAAGGAAUGGUCAAACAAUUUCAAAUGGUUAGAGAUCAUCCAGAACCUAAGGCAGUGUUCUUUACAUGCAUGGACUCUCGGAUGAUCCCUACUAGAUUUACUGAAACGAACGUUGGUGAUAUGUUUGUGGUUCGAAAUGCUGGCAACGUCGUUCCCCAUUCACAACACUUUGCCGAUGAAUUGACGAUGUGUGAACCAGCUGCGCUAGAACUCGGAUGCGUUGUCAAUGAUAUUCGGCAUGUCAUUGUCUGCGGUCAUAGUGAUUGCAAGGCUAUGAAUUUACUAUAUGCUCUGCGAGAUGAGGAAUUUGCAUCCAAAAUAAAUAGAAGAAUUUCACCGCUCAGAGCCUGGUUAUGCGCCCACGCGAGCAGUAGUUUAGCAAAGUUUCAGCAACUUGAAAUUACUGGAUUCCACCAGCCUAUAAUAUUUCAAGCAGAGACACCAAUGCGAAAAUUUGUUGCUUACAUUGAUCCUGAAAAUAAAUUUGCCAUAGAAGACAAACUUUCGCAGAUCAAUACCUUACAGCAGCUCCAAAACGUCGCGUCUUAUGGAUUUUUGAAAAAAAGACUGGAAAGACACGAUCUCCAUAUUCAUGCACUUUGGUUUGAUAUUUAUACUGGAGAUAUUUAUUAUUUUAGUCGAGGUAAUAAACGCUUUGUUGAAAUUAAUGAAUUGACCGAGGGACCAUUAUUGGAAGAAAUCAGGAAAUAUUAUUCCUGAUUAAUUAUUAUAAAAAAGUAUUCAAAUUACGGGAUAGAAGGUGUAAUUAAUUUAUUUCAUAAUUUUAGUAUAUAUUUUCAUACUGCACACGACAUGUGAAACAUUUUUUGAGCGAAUCUCAGGUUUUGUGGUGGACUAUUUUCUCAAAUACUCAAAUUAAUAAUUUUCACAUAUGUAAAAAUAUCUGUAUGGUCAGUGAGCAUGAUUUGAGCAUUACUACUAGUUACGGAUGUUAUAUAUUUACAUUAGUAUAAAAAACAAAUUAAAGAAAAAAAAAUAGUUUUUAUUACAAUACAACAUUCAUUGAUUGUUCUCACUUCAAACUUUCAUUGAAUAUAUGGUAUUCAAAUCGCGAAUCUUGGGGUACACAAAUAUUUGCUCUUAUGAUUGUCAAAUAUUGCACUAAUUGCAGCUGUAUAAUGUGAUUUUAAAUAGAAGUUAAUUUAGUUCUAUAUUGACACCCAUCACAACUUGUAUUUCAUCGACAACUCUUGCCAAAAUGCUUGGAGUUAAGGCACCUGAAGGAUCUUAUUAAAUUAUCAGUGGUUAAAUUUGCCUAAUAAUUGUACGAUCGUCUAUGCAGAGUGGCCAUCUCCUUACCUAUAUGAACACCUAAGGGGCCUGUGGCGAGCGUGAACUAGAGCAUGCCACUCCCGAAAGAGAAAGCAAAACAACAAAGUGAAGGCUCAUCGUCGCUACGGAGUACCGCACACUUUACACAUCUGGUGAGUUAAUUUUUUUUUUCUUUUUUGCCAGGAAACAUGCGAAAAUUGUCGACUGGCUGAGCCCAGUGCUCGUAUUUUUUUUCUUUCUCCUUCUUGCGUUAUACGGUAAAAGUGAAGAUGCAAUAGAAAAGUCACAUGUUAUAAUGCCUCUUGAUCGUUCACAUUUUAUAAGUUAAUUUUUUUAUCACAAAAAGUUGAACGUUAUGGGAGCAUUGUCCCAGCUGAUAGUGUCGCGGAUCGAUUGACAGUUUGUCGAGUCUCAUUGCCGAAAAAAAAAAAUUUUUUUAAUGGAGAAAAAGAACCGGGUUCCACGCUCCGUCGAGUAACUCAUGAGAACGUAACGGUUUAAACCGAAUUGGAGGAAAGUGCAAGAGGUUGUCAAUAAAACUCUCCUUUUGACAAUAACCAAUCAAGAAACACUCAAUCUAUAGACAAACGCAUUGCAUUUUAGGAAUUAUAAUCGAUGAUCACUGAUACAACUCGAAAAUUUGUACACGAAUGGCCACAAAGUUGUCAAUUAAUUAUGUACAUAUGCAUGAAUUUGAAUUUUUUUAAUUAAAAGAUCAUUCAACUAAUUUGCAAUUGACGAUGCAACGAUAAAAAUAAGAAUUUUAGCUACAAAAAAAAUGUAUCUAUCAUCAGCAGUCUUGAAAUAAUUUGGAUCAGUUGGAUCAGCAGCAUCUCAGGAUGUAAUUAGGAGAAAAGGAAAAAAUUCAGAUAUUUCACGAAGGCGAAGUAAAAAUUUAAGACGUAGGUGGUCUUUGUCAAGUUUAUCCUGCGAUCUUUGGGUUAUGGAAGUUCAGGUUUACCGUCACAGUAGUAGACCGCCCCCCCCCCCCCCCAUUUUUAACAAUAGGCAUCCCGUAGACACCUUGCGUAUUUUGUGGCCAAAAAUUCCACCACCGUGACCUGAGGAACCUUGGAAAAAGGGCAAACCCGGUGAUUUAACAAUUGCCCCCGAAAAUAUUAGAAAAUGGAAUUGAGCUGUUACGGUAAUUCGUUUGAAAAAAAAAUCCGGCUUUCCUCACUUCUCCUCGUAAAUAGCGUUUCCUUUGGCAUGAGGACCUUGAGUCCGAGGUGCCACAACUACUUGAGAUUAAUAAAAAUUGCUUUUGCAAUGAAUCACAUGAGCCAAAGUUAUUAUAAAAAAUAGUAAGGAUGUCGAGACAACCGCUUUGUAGUAAGAAGAAAGGUUGAAAUUAAAAAGAGAAAGCAUUUCGAUCCGCACGGCUCGUUUGUCCCGGCGUAGCAUCACUAUCUCUCAAUCCUUUGUGGAUACUAACAACUCAUGAAAAUGACUGCAAAAUUUACAAUUGACAAGGACUUUGAAGUAGAAGUUUAACGAGCUUUAGAGACACUGCAUGAACAAUAAGAGAUACAAGGAUUCAUCACAUUGCGAUCUUCAGCUUGCACUAAUAAUUAUUCACAUAGCAAAUUAUUUCUUCCGAAUUGUUGAUUGUAUUACGCGGAAGAUAUUGGAGAAUUUGACUUUCCAAUGGAGUCACAGUUUUUAAGAAAAUCAUGCUUAAUUAUAGCGACAGCGGACUGAUUUAUUCGGAAUUAUGUUAAUAAGUUUUAGUUUUUAGGAAAUGAAAUCUUCCGGAGUAACUUUUGUAUACGUAUCUGUGAUGAUUUCUCAAUAACCCAAUCUACAUGAAUUAAGAAAUCAUUGUAAAUUAUUGAAUCUCCAUUUAUUUUUCCAAACCUGAUGAUUUAUAGGGAAAGUUAUUUUGAUGACCUCUAAAAUCUUUCCCUGAGAUUUUUGGAAGUACUUUAGAAGUAUUUUAGAUGAACUUGACAAUUUCCAUUUUUUUUUUUUUUUCAUUGAAUUUACAUGGCAAAUUUAUUCACUCAAAUUGUCACACCUGUUAGUAACAGAAAAUUCCAUGACAAUAUGGAGCAGAGAGAACAUCAGUGAAUCAUGCCUACGGAUCACGUCCCACGAAUUGGAGUUUUUGAUACAGGUCUGUGGUCAACUGACACGAUUUUUUGGAUUCAAAAGUUAAAUACGACCCAGUACAUUUUUUUUUCUCUCUCUUUCUUCCACGAGUAAACCGGUAGGAGGAUAAGGGUCUACAUGAAAAUGUAGAGCAUGAAAGACCUAGGUGAAUACGUUGAGUCUAAUGCUGAGGCCCAAAAUUUUGAGAGUAGACAAAGAUCCGUUAGACUUAACUGUUUAACGGCGCAACGUCAAGCUGGGAAUAGUGGAACUGUAACUGAUAUUUAUCUUUGUCGAAAUGUAUUUAAUAUAUCCUCAAAUGUAUUUAUAUGUGGGGAAGGGUAAGGCAGACAAAUCGCAGGUCCUAAAUUUUGGGGGAAAAAAUUGAACUCUGAAGAAUAAUUUACAAAAUUCUGGGUUCUACAGUUUUUUUCUCAUCAGCCGAAUUGUCCCUUUUUUUGCAUGGUGGAAUUUCAUUAAGUUUUAACCAAGGUGAUUUUUCAAGUCGAAUGUGAAUAUUUCAAAUGGGAAAUAACGAUUUUCAACCGGUUCUUUACCAUAAUGGCCCAUUUUGUUCUAGCUUCUCCUACAUAUAAAUCCUUCAGGGACAACCCUGUACCCAAAAUGCAAAAUGAAUGAAAAUUACUCUACAUGGCUGUUAAUACUGACACUUAUUGGGCAAGCAUAUCCAAUCAAGCGUACGUCCAUUAUCCUUGAAUUGUUUUCAAUCAAUUUUGCCUAAUGUCGUGACAAUCACAUUAUUGCAACUACGUCUCGGUGGAGCCGGAAUAUUAGUUACCAACAUACCACGAAGAUUCUCACUAGAAUGAAUUAUUGUAAUCAUACCGUAGUCAUGCCCAACUCAUUUCUAUAUUCUUACUCAUCGCGAAUGAUAAAUCCCAAUGAAUUAUAAUAGGCUGAUAGUUCCUGUAUGGCUGCUUCCCAUGGGGACCAAUUGAUAUUUCGGUACGUAUAGAAAAGUUUUUUAAACUAAUAAAGUAUGUAGAAUUGAUCCAAGUUAUGUAUUUUUCAAAUAAAUUUAUCCAUGGGGAUAGUAUCGUUGAUUCAUUCACUCGUGUCGUCACCACGUAGUGUUAUUUUAGGACCUCCUUUUUUUUCGACAACAGUCGAUCGAGCAAAUCAGAUGUGAUGCAAUGAGCAUUGGUGCGGUGAAAUUAUGCAAAAUUAAUGGUAAAAACAGCGCAUUGAAAAUGUUUUUACAAACACUGUGGGAGGAACCCGCUUGUAUAAACCACCCGAUGGCAUGCCGCAUUUUAUUCAUUCGUAUCACAUUAUUAAUACAUCUUCCAUAUUAAAAUUCAAUAAAAUAUUUUUUUUCUAUAAAAUUGUGAAAAAUAUGCGGAGUUGAGACGAAUUAUAUCGACUUAUAUUUUCAAUGACUAUUUCUAUCCUAAUCAAUUAAUUUGAAGUUAUUUAAUUAAUUUAUUGUCAAAUGACUUUUCUGUUAAAGAGCUAUGAGGACUCACACACAUCAGACUGAAAAUAAUAAAAUAAGAAUAUUCUAUAAAAUGUCUUUGCCGGGUAUUAAAAUGCACGUUCUUACACACUACUGAGCCAUGCAUUAACGAGUAUGUAUGUGGCUUGUACAAGUUCAAGAACAAUGGACGUCACGAUUUGUAAUGUAUGAUUUUGCCGGACGUUGGAGUCAAGGAGGAAACAAAUGGGGAGAUGGAGAGAAAAAAAGAGGAGGGGGACAGAGAGCUAAAUACACAGUGUCAGACGAGCCACGUAUAUUGUGGCUCGAGUUGGCUUGUGCCACUGACCUACAAACAUACUUACCUAUGUUAUACUAUGCCGGCUUGGUUUGCUCGCUUGCCUUCUUACUUGACGCUUUGCGUUUUACUAUGCCCAAUAAAUGUAAUGUAUUGGGCAAAAAAAAAUUAUCCAAACACUAAUAGAAUAAAGAUAGAGUAGAGAAAUAAUUUGCAAUGACAAAUAUAGAGGAGAUUUCGUCGUAAUUCCCCAACGAUUGAAAAAUUUCCCCGAAAGGAAGAAAUUUUUGAGAUGACUGAUAUGCUCUCUGAUUAUGAAGACAAGUUAGAAAUUUGGAGAGAUGAGGUACACAGGGUACGGGGAAGCUGCCUAACGGAGUUUUAUCCAACAGUUAGGAUAGACGAAAUACCGCUCCAACUUACUUGAGACUCCUUGUCUAAUGUUGUACUUGUAAUAAUCAAGCAGAUGAAUAUAAACCAUUUGCAUUGCUCUCAAAGUUCUCUAGUUUUCCAAGCGGCUCCGAUUUACUCUCCAUCUCCAUUGGCCCACUUGGUAAACAGGACAAAUCCACUUUUUUGCAUUGGAAUUUAUCAGCGGUAUUGGAAGGAAAUUGUGAGGGAGAAAGACGAACAAUAAAGAUGAAAUAAAUUCAAUAGCAUGGGGAUUUUGUCUGAAAAUAAUUCAGGUGUUUAUCA